AUGGCAGGUCCAGUAAGGCAACCGAUUGAUAUUCCUUCGCUAGAGACAUAUAUCAUACAACAUGUUCCACACAUUCAACCGCCGUUGCAAAUUGAACAAUUUCGUUUCGGCUUCUCCAACCCGACAUACCAGCUUACCGAUGCCAACGGUGCUAGGUUUGUUAUGCGCAAGAAGCCACCUGGAGCUUCAUUCAACAAAAGCGCCCACCAAAUUGAACGGGAGUUUAGGAUCUUGGAAGCACUCAAGUAUACGGAAGUUCCUGUGCCAACGACGUAUUGCCUCUGCGAAGAUACGUCCGUGUUGGGAACAGCAUUCUAUAUUAUGGAGUUCAUUGAAGGUAGAGUUGGUCUUGCUAAUCAUUUACCUAAUACUGCCCCGGAUGACAGAUUUGAAAUGUGGCGAUCAGCCAUACAAAUCCUCGCAAAGCUCCACAAGGUCGACUAUGAAUCUGUCGGUCUCGCUACUUUUGGCAAGCAAUUUGGCUAUUACAAUCGACAAUUGAAGACAUUUUCGGCGGUCGCAUUGCAACAGGCUACUGUUCUCGAUGUUGAGACUAAGGAACCGGUUGGUCCCAUUCCUCAUGUUGAUGAAAUGAUUUCAAUGCUACGUGAAGAUCAACCAGAAGACCGUACCAGCAUCGUACAUGGCGACUUCAAGUUGGAUAACCUGGUAUUUCACCCCACGGAACCACGAGUUAUCGGGGUUCUCGAUUGGGAGCUUGCCACAAUUGGACAUCCUUUGUCUGAUGUGUCGACAAUUUUGAACCCAUUCUCGGCUGACAGUAUGAUGCGUACCCCCGAGUUUGCACCAGGUGCUACACCUGGCUUGCCAACAUUGGAACAAUGUAUUUCAUGGUACAGGGACUUCUCGGGAUACAAUGUGGAGCGAGAUCUUGCAUGGGGGCGGGCAUUCUACGCGUUCAAGACAUCAGUGAAUAUGCAAGGCAUUGCGGCACGGUAUGCCAGAAGGCAAGUAAGCAAUGCUGGAGCAGGGGAAUACCUGAAGAAUAGAAAAAAAUAUGCUGCUGAUGCGUGGGAAACGGUUCAACUUUCGCUUCGACGAUACAGAAAUGGGGGUGACUCGCGAUUAUGA